AUGAGUGACGAUCAAAAAGAUCUUAUAUUUCGUGAUCGAAUUGAUGCUGGUUGUCAAUUAGCUGCUCAUCCAUAUUUACAAAAAAUUAAAUCUUUACCAUCAAAUGAAAGAAAUUCAUAUUUAGUUAUAAGUUUACCACGUGGUGGUACUGUUGUUGGUGAUGAAUUAGCUAAACAAUUAAAUAUAACACAUGAUUUAGUUUUUCCAAGAAAAAUUCCAUGUCCUGGACAACCAGAAUUUGCUAUUGGCGCUGUAUCAGAAUUAGGUGAUGUCAUUUGGAAUGAUUAUGCUAGACAAGAAAAUUUAAUUGAUAAACCACAAGUUCAACAAAGUAAAGAUAAACAAAUUGAAGAAUCAAGACGACGAAAACAAAUUUAUCGUGGUCAACGUAAACCAUUGAAAAGUUUAAGUGGAAGAACUGUUAUAUUAAUUGAUGAUGGAUUAGCAACAGGUGCAACAAUGAAAUCAGCUAUUAAUACUUGUAAACAUAUAAAUGUUAAAUCAAUAAUUGUUGCUGUUCCAUGUGGUUCAGCUGAUCGUGUUAAAGAUAUUAGUAAAUCAGUUGAUAAGGUUAUAUGUUUAACAACACCAUAUGGUUAUCAUGCUGUUGGACAAUGUUAUGAUUCAUUUGAUCAAACAACUGAUGAAGAAGUAAUUGAAAUAAUGGCUAAAUAUCAAGAUUUAAAUAGUGAAAAUAUUUCAAACAGUGGUAAAAAAUCGAUUAAAAUCGAAUUAGAUUCUCAACAUGUUUUACAUGGUGAUUUAACAUUAGUAUCAAAUUCUAUUGGUUUAGUUUUAUUUGCACAUGGUAGUGGUAGUUCACGUUUAUCACCUCGUAAUCAAUAUGUAGCUGAACAAUUAAAUGCAGCAAAAAUCUCAACAUUUUUACUUGAUUUAUUAACUAAAAAUGAAGAAAUUGAAGAUGAUAGAACACGAAAAUUAAGAUUUAAUAUUCCAUUUUUAGCUGAUCGAUUAUCACAAGUUACAGAUUGGUUAUAUCAAAAUAAUAAAAAUAUUCAAAAUUUAUCAAUAGGAUAUUUUGGUGCAAGUACAGGUGGUGCAGCUGCUAUUAUAGCUGGUGGUAUUAAACAACAAAAACGAACAAAAGCAAUUGUAUCAAGAGGUGGACGACCAGAUUUAGUUCCUAAGGAACAAUUAAAUCAAUUAACUGUUCCAACAUUAUUAAUUGUUGGUGGUGCCGAUACGGAUGUAAUCAAAAUGAAUGAAGAAGCUUAUUCACAAAUGACACAAUUGAAAGAUAAUGAAAAGCAAAAAGCUUUAAAAUUGGUACCAAAUGCAACACAUCUAUUUGAGGAAAAAGGAGCUCUUGAACAAGUAUCACAAUUAGCUGUACAAUGGUUUACAGAUAAUUUUCAAAAACACUAA